GACACACUACGUCCUCUUGCUCCCUCUUCCCCUUUCUCCUCUUGGUUCGAUGCUCUUUCAAGUUCUCCAUCUCUCGCUCAAUAGCCCGUUAUGUCCUGCACGGUCCGUGCGCUGUGUCCAGCCUUUCCCACGGCGAGUCUGACAUAAGCCCCACUUGGCCUCGUUGAUUCACCUUCCAUCAUCGACGCCCCAGCUCUCACUAAACGCCCGUCAAAUUCAGGAUUUACUACUGUAUUCUUGGUUAUUUUUCGAAACAAUCUAAUGGCACAAACAAUGACGAUCUUGGGAGACUUGGGGGAACAGCCGCAGGAAGAUAUGUCUGUAUAUUAUCAGCCACCUCCGGAACCAGAGAACGAUGUGCAGAUUACUGGAGGCUUGCCGAUUAACCUUGAUUCAUUGAGGGAUGGGCCGCCGGGAACAAAGCCGUUCUAUCCAUAUUCAACAUUGAUUCGGUACGCUAUCAAAGGGUCACCUAACCAGCGGUUGCUCUUGGAAGAUAUUUACUACGCUAUCGAAUCCAGGUUUCCCUAUUUCCGUUCCGCGCCAAAUGGCUGGAAAAACUCAGUCCGACACAACCUCUCACUGAAUCCGUGCUUUGAGAAGGUGCCUCGUCCGCUCACUGACCGGGGCAAAGGCUCCUAUUGGACGGUCAACGAGAAUGUCGACCCACGUACUGGCGUGCAUCGUGUGAGGAAGAAGUAUAACAAGAAGGGAGGCAAAGGGCGCAGUUCGGAGGAGGUUCAAGAAAUGGAGAACCAUGCGACCGAUAGCUAUGAGGAUCCUCAUGCCCAAUACGUUUCGCCCGAGGGAGAUGCCAGUCAACAAUCCCAAUCGUCUUUUCCUCAGACUUAUCCUCCUCCUCCGUUUGAUCCCAGCUUUAUGUUCGGUAUCCCACCACCCGUCCCAGGACCCAUGCCAAUAUUACCCGACGAAAAUAUGGAACUUGAUGAACAUGGCAACGUGAACUGGUAUCAUGCUUGGGUCAAGGAGAUUGGCCAUCUACAGGCGGUUACGACGGAGCAAGAGAAGGCUGGUGCUGACCAAGAAUGGUACAGGAUGAUGCUGAUCCGAAUAAGGACGGCUCUUAUGCCUCCACCUAUGCUAACAGAGCUCCCCCCGCACAUGGUUCCUCAUCCUCCUACCGAUGGGCAGUAAGUGUCGGCGUCCGAAGGACUCUGGCUUUCCCUUCUUGUCGAGAUGUAUAAUACUGGACAUUGUAUUCGUGAUACUGACUACAAUACUUCCUUAAUGCUGAGUGAUGUCGAUGACAAGA